UUGACGAUGAAGCUUGUUGUGGUAUUGCUGGUAUUAUCACUAACUGUUUCGGUCGGUGAAAAAAACAAAUUAAGCCCCAGGAUCAGCGGUGGUUAUCGGGCGAAGGCCUAUACAAUCCUUUACCUCGUUGGAAUCGUAUACGCCAAAAGUCCACUAUCCUCACUCAAAUUCGGAGCCGGCACCAUAAUUUCGAAUCAAUGGAUACUCACAGUCAAGGAUGUUCUGGUGUUCAAGUACAUUGAGGCCCAUUUCGGAUCAAGAAGAGCAUUUUGGGGCUAUGACAUUUAUAGGAUCUACAGGGAAAACUUCUUCUUUCACUAUGACAAAACGCGCAUUAUUGCCCUGGUUAAGUGUCCCUACCAAACGUUUGACCGUCGAGUGAGCCGGGUUCGCGUUCCAGCCUAUGGAACAAGACACAACCGAUUCCUCGGAAACAUGACCAUGGUCUGUGGCUGGGGAACUGAAAAACGACAUGUUAGGCUGCCCGACUGGAUGCGUUGCAUAGAAGUGCCGGUCAUUUCCAACGAAGAGUGCGAAAAAUACUAUACGCCAUUGAAACCGUAUGAGAUGUGCACCUCCGGAGAGGGCUUCAAAGGAGUUUGUGAGGGCGACAUGGGCGGUGCAGUGGUCACGAUGGGCGAUAAUCCCACCUUCAUUGGUAUUAUAUGGCUCAGGCCCAGCAACUGCAGCAUUGGAUAUCCAUCGGUACACAUCCGUGUCAGCGAUCACAUAAAGUGGAUAAAGUAUAAAUCCGGUGUAGGAUUCGGAAAUCACCCCAAAUAAAUCGGAGAGAUGCCAUAAUUAUGCAGCCUAUUAAAAAAAACAGACGAGUUAAUCGACUAUCAGAUACCCCUUACUCAAAUAGUUACAGUGCAAGAGAGAAAUUUUAAAAUUUUUUUGACAUCGAUAGAAAUUGUCCAAACAUAUAAGAAAUGAAAAAAAAAUCUAAAAUCAUUUUUUAAAAAUA